UGGGGGUGUGGGGAGGCGAGGACGGGGGCUGCCUCCCCGCCGGGGCCUGGUGGUCAGGGGCCUGGUGGUCAGGGGCCUGGUGGUCAGGGGCCUGGUGGUCAAGGGCCUGGUGGUCAAGGGCCUGGUAGUCAGGGGCCUGGUGGUCAGGGACCUGGUGGGUGGAUGUGCUGUGUGCUCUGCGGGCCUCUCCCCGCCCCUCCCCCACACACAGCGCAUCAGCUUCCGGGCCCAGAGCUUCCGGGACUAGAGGGUCCUUGAGGGACCCGGAGGCAGGUGGGGCGGGGCCACGACAGCCCCUGGGGAAGCCGCAGGCUGCUGACCAGGCCCAAAGACCAGAGGAGCCGUCUGCUUUUCCCGGUCGCCCCAGGGCCAGCCCGGCUGGGGUCUGGUUCUCUCUCCAGGGGUGCCCAGCACCCCGUGCCUGGAGAAUUUCUCCGUGAGGCCGGAAAGAAGCAUACUGUGUAAGAACCGGCUGGCCUUCAACGUUCGCGGUGGUGACCUUGCCCGGCGCCCGGGAGAUGCGGGUCCUCGGGGCGCAUCCCGCCCAGCGUCUCCGGGCUGUGCUGUGGGUCACAGCUCCUAGGCUCUGAGCAGCGUCUGCCGUGACGCCCACCGUGGCCCCCCCGCCCACGAGCGUUUGCUGCCAGAGCCCCCUCUGCUGCGCCCUCCCGUGAGGAUGUGUGUCCCCGUCGGGGGGCUGCUGGCCACCCUGGCCACGGCACUCGGGGUGGUGGUGGCGUUUGCUCCCGCCCCCAGGAUCACCUGGGAGCACAGAGAGGUGCGGCUGGAGAAGUUCCACGAGCCGGGCAUCUUCAACUACUCCGUCUUGCUGCUGAGCGAGGACAAGAGCACCCUGUACGUGGGGGCCCGGGAGGCCGUGUUCGCCCUGAAUGCACUCAACGUCUCUGAGAAGCAGCACGAGGCGUAUUGGAAGGUCUCAGAAGAUAAAAAGGCAAAAUGUGCAGAAAAGGGGAAAUCGAGACAGACCGAAUGUCUCAACUACAUCCGCGUGCUGCAGCCGCUUGGCCCCGGUGCCCUGUACGUGUGCGGGACCAACGCCUUCCAGCCAGCCUGUGACCACCUGAACUUAACGUCCUUUCGGUUUCUGGGGAGGAGCGAGGAUGGCAAGGGCAGGUGCCCCUUUGACCCCGCACAGAGCUACACGUCCGUCAUGGUCGAUGGGGAGCUGUAUUCCGGGACGUCCUAUAACUUUCUGGGAAGCGAGCCCAUCAUCUCCCGAAACUCGUCCCACAGUCCUCUGAGGACGGAGUACGCGAUACCGUGGCUUAACGAGCCAAACUUCGUCUUUGCGGACGUGAUCCGAGAGAGCCCGGACGGCACGGACAGCGGGGACGACAGGGUGUACUUCUUUUUCACCGAGGUGUCCGUGGAGUACGAGUUUGUCUUCAAGCUGAUGAUCCCCCGGGUGGCGAGGGUGUGCAAGGGGGACCAGGGCGGUCUGCGGACCCUACAGAAGAAGUGGACGUCCUUCCUGAAGGCCAGGCUCAUCUGUUCCAGGCCGGACAGCAACCUCGUCUUCAACGUGCUGCAGGCCGUCUUUGUCCUCAGGGCGCCGGACCUGAAGGAGCCCGUGUUCUACGGGGUCUUCACCCCACAGCUGAACAACGUGGGGCUGUCAGCCGUGUGCGCCUACAACCUGUCCACGGCCGAGGCGGUCUUCUCCCGCGGGAAGUACAUGCAGAGCGCCACGGUGGAACAGUCCCACACCAAGUGGGUGCGCUACAACGGGGCCGUGCCCACGCCGCGGCCCGGGGCGUGCAUCAACCGCGAAGCGCGGGCGGCCAACUUCUCCAGCUCCCUGGGUCUGCCGGACAAGACCCUGCAGUUCGUCAAGGACCACCCCCUGAUGGACGGCUCCGUGACCCCAACAGACAACAGGCCCAGGCUGGUCACAGGCAACGUGAACUACACGCAGAUCGUGGUGGACAGGACCCGGGCCCUGGACGGGACCGUCUACGACGUCAUGUUCAUCGGCACAGACCGGGGCGCCCUCCACAAAGCUGUCAACCUCGAGAAUGACGCCCACAUCAUUGAGGAGACCCAGCUUUUCCGGGACUUCGAGCCGGUCCAGACGCUGCUGCUCAAUUCUGAGAAGGGCGGAAGGCUUGUGUACGCGGGCUCCAGCUCGGGUGUGGUGCAGGCCCCCGUGGCCUUCUGCGGGAAGCACGGCACCUGUGAGGACUGCGUGCUCGCCCGCGACCCCUACUGCGCCUGGAGCCGGGCGGCCGCGGCCUGCGUGGCCCUGCCCCCGCACCGGACGGACGGCCCCAGCAGGACUCUGAUUCAGGAGAUGAGUGGAGACGCGUCCGCCUGCCCGGAUAAAAGUAAAGAAAGUUUCCGGCAGCAUUUUUUCAAGCACGGCGGCACAGCGGAACUCAAAUGCUCCCAAAAGUCCAACCUGGCCCGGGUGGUGUGGAAGUUCCGGGACGGCGUGCUCGACGCCGACGGCCCCAAGUACAGCCUGGUGGGCAGGAAGCACCUGCUCAUCUUCAACCUGUCGGAGGGGGACAGCGGCGUGUACCAGUGCCUGUCGGAGGAGCGGGUCCGCAACGGGACGGUCCUGCGGGUGCUGGCCAAGCACGUGCUGGAGGUGAAGACGGCCCCGAGGGCCACAGAGGCCCCCGCCUCGCCGGGCGCCCGGACGGAAGGCGGGAGGACCACCGCCCGGGCGGUGACGGAGCCCGCCCGCGGCCCCCCGCCGCAGACCUCCGCCGCGCGGGUCCCCGUGCCCGGGGCCGUCGCCCCGCCGCCCAGCCCCGCGCCCACGGGCACGUCCUGCGAACCGAAGAUCGUCAUCAACACGGUCCCCCAGGUGCACUCGGAGAAGACGAUGUAUCUGCAGUCCAGCGACAACCGUCUGCUCAUGUUCCUCUUCCUCCUCUUCUUCCUGCUGUGCCUCUGCCUCGUGUCCUACAACUGCUACAAGGGCUACCUGCCCGGGCAGUGCCUGAAGUUCCGCUCCGCCGUGCUGCUGGGGAAGAAGCAGCCCGUGGCGGACUUCUCCGAGUUCGAGCAGAGCGCCAAGGAGACGCUGGUGGAGCCGGGCAGCUUCUCCCAGCAGAACGGGGGGCAGCCGCGGCCGGCCCUGGACACGGGCUACGAGACGGAGCAGGACACCAUGGCCAGCAGGGUGCCCACCGACAGGGAGGACUCGCAGAGGCUGGACGACCUCCCGGCCAGGGACGGGCCCUUCGACGUCAAGUGUGAGCUGAAGUACGCCGACUCGGACGCGGACGGGGACUGAGUCACCGCCGGGAGCCCGCGUCAGCACGCCUGUCCUGUGUCUUGUCUCUUGCGUCGAGCUUGUGAUUUGGUCUUCGUCCUUUCGGAAAACGGCGAGCAUCGCCUCCCGGUCCCCCGCCGGGCCGCGGCGUGAGACGCCCCCGCGGGCGGCACGUGGGGCCCCGGCUGUCCCCGGCCCGCGGAAGCUCGCUCGCGCCUGGAGCGUCCCCUCCUCAGAGCAGCCACUGAAAGAUCCUUGAAUUCCAGAUUGGAAAUGACGUUUUUGUUUAUCAGAUUGGUAACUUAUCGCCUGUUGUCCAGAUUGGCACGAACCUUUGCUUCCCAGGAAUUAUUUUUUAUGGUUUUGCUUUUCUCGUGUUAGGUCGUUUCUGUUUUAAAUCACCGAAGCAGACGUUCCAAUAUUGCGAAGAUGUGCAUCUUCCAGGUUUUGUUGUACGUUAGGGGAAAGAUACAGCUUACGUUGCUUACGAUUCUCAGGGAUAAACUUACUUUGGGUAAAUGUGUUCUCUACCUUUUAGACACGUAGACGAAACCAUCUCUUGAGCACACUUUUUUUUUUUUUUUAAUUUUAUUCCUUGAGGGAAGCGUCCUUUUCAGAGAGAUUUUCUUUCUGUGGUUUUUUUCUUCCCCCCUCUUGUUUUAACUCUUUCAAAGAACAGAAGACGGUGGAAGGCUGGCCCGUGAACCAGGCGGGGCCUUGAGCGCGGGUCGGCGGAGCCGGCUGGCCCCGAGCGGAGGGAGCGUGCGUUUUGCCAUCGGAUGCCCACGGCCACGGCUUGAAACCCCCCGUGCAGAUGGACGGACGGACGUUCCCCGGGCAUCCGCAGUCACGUCUGGCUUCUGGCUCCCGUCCACCGCCCACCCGGACGACCCGCUCGGCCGAACCGAGCUGUCCGCGCCUUCCGGCAAGCAGGACCGCGGUGGCCGGACUGGCCUGUGUCCCCACGAGGCCUGGCGGCUCGUGACCCCACGCCCCACGGCCCCGCGUGGCCCGGCGCUAUCCUCGAAGGUGCGAGUGGGCGAGACGGUCCAAUCUCCACCUGUUGCUUGCCGUGCGCCGAGAAGGCUCUCUUUCCCGUGGCGAGGAGCAGUGACCUCUGGAUCUGUGUGCCUGCGUGGACAGUGUUGUCUUAAGCAUGAUAGGACUCGACCGUUGUGGUGUACACAUUUGUGUUUUAUAAGAUUUCCUUUGUUUUUAUUUUUCUACUUCGAAUUGUAUACAUUUGAAAAGUAACCGAAUAAACGAGCAGCUUAUAUCCUC